GCUUCCCAUAUCAUUCUUCCACCUUUUCCCUCCACCCAUACCCUUCCUAAGUGCACUCUCAACAGCGUUGCUACCAGGUUGUCGCUGUUGCUCAAGACAUUUGCCAACUUUCCCACCAUGCCCUAUCAAUGGACUGCUGAGCGAGAGCGUCGCAUGCUGCUGUUCGCAAUCUCUUCUGCAAACCUGAGGCCGUCUGCCGACACAUGGCAGCGCGUUGCCAGUCUCCUCGGAGAAGGCUUGACAGCAUCAGCUGUGAGUCAAAAGUACUACAAGCUGCGGAAUGAGAUGACAAAGCUCUUGGAGGAUCAAGGAGUCCCAACCCCGACGACACCAACCAAGCGCAAGGCUGAAGAUGACGACGAGAAGAAGACACCGCCAUCAAAGCGAGCUCGAAAACCCAAGGAGAAGUCCUUCGAAGGUAUCCCGUUCCGCGACGAAUCCGAGAGCCCUCAGAAAGUCAAGUAUGAGGAUAUGGCGGUGAACGGAAUGGACUCGUUCCACAGCUAUGACGCCCAGUUCACUGCAGCAGCCUUUUUCCCAGCGGUGAACAUGGGAGAGAUGAUGAGUGGGCAGAGCAGUGGGAACAGCAGCAGCACCAGCUUCAUGGCUUGAGGCGGAGUAAGUUCCAGAGUUUGCAGGGGGGCAAUGAUUGUACAACGGCUUCAAAUGUUGGCGGAGAAACGCCUUGAAGUGACUCAGAAACGGUGUGAAAAUGCCGGCAAGAACGGCUCAAAACUGGGAAGAAGCGACUUCCAAUUGGCUUUGGGGUGGCGAUGGCUGUUAGUCCCUGGUCGAUCCUGCAGCAAAAAGAAACAAGGGGGCUGGGAAGAAGGGAUUGCGCCUGCAUCACGUUGGAGGGUUGCAGGGUUGCAGGAAUUCCCAACCUCCUGAAUUUUCGUGGAUAUCAAACGUUGUAUAAACAUGUCUGCCUGGCCUUGUAUAUGCAGACUUGUCGUCCAUUUUGCCUGGAAUUUUAGCGUCUUGGCGGAGAAUUAGGGGUGGCUUGGCGCGCCCAAUAAGGGGGACCACAAGGCUCGGGUGGAGCGGGCCUCGACCCAGAAGAACCGGACCCAACCAUGCUGAUUGAGAGAUGUGAUAGACCAUUCUGCAUGCCUCCGCUCACUCAAGCCGCC